CUGUGGGCCGGCCGGGGCGGGGCCGGACGUGACGUCGCGCCACUUCCGCCGGGGGUGCGGGCUGUGCGCGCGCGGGUCCUGCGAAGAACGUAUUGUGAUGUUGUCUCAGAGCCAAAACCAUGAGUGAAUUUCGGAUUCACCACGAUGUCAAUGAGCUGCUCAGCUUGCUGCGUGUCCACGGAGGGGAUGGGGCCGAGGUCUACAUCGACCUGCUGCAGAAGAACAGAACCCCGUAUGUUACAACCACCGUGUCUGCACACAGUGCCAAGGUUAAAAUAGCAGAAUUUUCUCGUACUCCAGAAGACUUUCUAAAGAAAUAUGAUGAACUGAAAUCUAAAAACACAAGGACCCUCGACCCACUGGUGUACCUGUUGUCAAAGCUCACAGAAGACAAAGAGACUCUGCAGUAUUUACAACAGAAUGCCAAAGAAAGAGCUGAGCUCGCAGCCACUGCUGCUGCCAGCAGCACCACCAGCUUCAGCGCCCCCGCCACGGCCUCCAAGAUCUCCAUGCAGGAGCUCGAGGAGCUGAGGAAGCAGCUCGGCAGCGUGGCCACGGGCUGCACGUGGCAGCAGUCUCUCGAACUUACGAGAAAGAUGCUUCGAGACAAGCAGAACAAAAAAAAUUCGGGCCACUGCCUCCCUGUCUUCCCAGCGUGGGUGUAUGAGAGACCCACGCUGGUUGGGGAUUUCCUCACUGGCUCGGGCUUAAGCACAGACGCGGCUGCGCCUAUAGGCACGCUGCCCCUGGCCUCCCAGGAGUCAGCUGUCGUGGAGGACCUGCUCUACGUGCUGGUGGGUGUGGACGGCAGGUACAUCACUGCCCAGCCACUCGCUGGCAGGCAGAGCCGGACCUUUCUCGUGGACCCCAACCUGGACCUGUCCAUCAGGGAGCUGGUGAACAGGAUCCUCCCAGUGGCUGCCAGUUACUCCACUGUGACCAGGUUCAUUGAAGAGAAGUCUUCCUUUGAAUAUGGGCAGGUGAACCACGCCUUGGCGGCCGCCAUGAGGACCCUGGUGAAGGAGUACCUGAUCCUGGUCACGCAGCUGGAGCAGCUACAGAGGCAAGGCCUCUUGUCACUGCAGAAGCUCUGGUUCUACAUCCAGCCAGCCAUGCGUACCGUGGACAUCCUGGCCUCCCUCGCCACCUCAGUGGAUAAAGGCGAGUGUGUCGGAGGGUCGACCCUGAGCCUCCUCCACGACCGUAGCUUCAACUACACGGGCGACAGCCAGGCGCAGGAGCUGUGCCUGUACCUCACCAAGGCCGCCAGCGUGCCCUACUUCGAGAUCCUGGAGAAGUGGAUCUACAGAGGGAUCAUUAAUGACCCGUACAGCGAGUUCAUGGUUGAGGAGCACGAGCUGCGGAAAGAGAAGAUCCAGGAGGAUUACAAUGACAAGUACUGGGACCAGAGGUACACCGUGGUCCAGCGGCAGAUCCCGUCCUUCCUGCAGAAGAUGGUGGGCAAGAUCCUUAGCACAGGAAAGUAUCUCAACGUGGUCAGAGAGUGUGGUCACGAUGUCACUUGCCCAGUGGCCAAAGAGAUCAUCUACACGUUGAAGGAGCGGGCGUACGUGGAGCAAAUCGAGAAGGCUUUUAACUAUGCCAGCAAGGUCCUGCUGGGCUUCCUGAUGGAGGAGAAGGAGCUCGUGGCGCACCUGAGGUCCAUCAAGCGCUACUUCCUGAUGGACCAGGGGGACUUCUUCGUGCACUUCAUGGACCUCACUGAGGAGGAGCUGAAGAAGCCGGUGGACGACAUCACGCCCACCCGCCUGGAGGCGCUGCUGGAGCUGGCCCUGCGCAUGAGCACCGCCAACACGGACCCCUUCAAGGACGACCUUAAGAUUGACCUGAUGCCUCAUGACCUCAUCACUCAGCUUCUGCGGGUUCUGGCCAUCGAGACCAAGCAGGAGAAGGCGAUGGUCCAUGCCGACCCCACUGAGCUCACGCUGAGCGGCCUGGAGGCAUUCUCUUUUGACUACGUUGUCAAGUGGCCCCUGUCACUGAUUAUUAACAGGAAAGCCCUGACCCGCUAUCAGAUGCUCUUCAGGCACAUGUUCUACUGCAAACACGUGGAGCGGCAGCUCUGCAACGUUUGGAUCAGCAACAAGACCGCCAAGCAGGACUCACUGCACUCCGCCAAGUGGUUUGCUGGUGCUUUCACUCUGCGGCAGCGAAUGCUUAAUUUUGUCCAGAAUAUUCAGUACUAUAUGAUGUUUGAAGUGAUGGAACCAACCUGGCAUAUCCUUGAGAAAAACCUGAAAUCCGCCUCCAACAUUGACGACGUGCUGGGGCACCACACGAGCUUCCUGGACAACUGCCUAAAGGACUGCAUGCUGACCAACCCCGAGCUACUGAAGGUCUUCUCCAAGCUCAUGUCCGUGUGCGUCAUGUUCACCAACUGCAUGCAGAGGUUUACGCAGAGCAUGAAAUUAGACAGUGAGCUGGGCCGCCUGACCCUGGAGCACGGCACCAUGCUGGGGCCGCCCACGGAGGCCGAGCGGGCCGAGGAGCGCACCCGGAAGGAGCUGGCCAGGAAGUACCUGGCCGAGCACGUGGAUGCUCCUCAGCUGGCCUCCAGCUUCGAGGCCACCAUCAAUAAGUUUGAUAAGAAUUUCUCAGCCUACCUGCUGGACCUUCUGGCCCGACUGAGCGUCUACAGCACCAGCGACUGCGAGCAGGGCAUGGCCAGUGUCAUCUCCAGGCUCGACUUCAACGGCUUCUACACAGAGCGCCUGGAGCGCCUCUCUGCAGAGCGAAGCCAGAUGGCGGCCCCCCAAGUGCCCGUCCUGCGGGGGCCCCCGGCACCAGCGCCCAGGGUGGUGGUGGCCGCACAGUGAGGCCUUCGGGGCCCUGCACCCGCCUCAACUGAAGGAAGUGCCGCCAGGUGC